GAAGAAGAAGAAGAAGAAGAAGGAUCGUAACGAGCGAGCUCACGCCAGUCUAACAACACAGAUUUAUCAGAGCCUCUGUAUCUCUGGUUAAACCUUUCUGAAUUAACUUUUGCUGCCCACCAUUUUUUAUCUUAAAUGACCUCCAUUAUCUCCCGACAGCCGACAAAGCUACGGAAGUUAGCUUAGCAUGCUAGCCGGAAACUGACGCGGACGGCAGUUAGCGACACAGCGCUAGCCAGAGCUUUGUUUUUAAUGUAGCUAGCGUGGAAAAAAGUUUCUGUUUCUGUGUGUGAAAAUGACUAAAGCCCAAAUGCUGAGGGCGGUGGUGCAGCAGCGACUUAUUGCAGCUGCUGAGGAGAUAUUUGGGCUGUUUGAAAGAACAAUAGCAGAGUACGAGGAGGAACUUUGUCGAUCACAGAUGGAGAGCAUGCGACAACGGAAACUACUGGACGCUGUUUACAACCCUCAGCUUCGGUUACACAGAGAAGACAUCCAGGUGCUGUUGGUGGGUAAAGAAGAGGUUCCCUCUGAGCAACAGGAGUGGAGCUCCAGUCUCGACCAGGAAGCCCCACAUGUUAAAGAGGAACAGGAGGAACUCUGGAUCAAUCAGGAGGGGGAGUGGCUUCAAGGGCUGGAGGAGGCUGAUGUCACUAGGUUCCCAUUCAUUUCUGUCCCUGUGGAGAGCGAAGAUGUGGAAGAGAACCCUCAUUACUCACAGCUUCAUCAAAGACAAAUUGAACAGAUGGCAACAGAAGCUGAUGGAGAGGACUAUGGAGGACCUGAUGCAGCCAACGACUCAAAUCCAGAUAGAUAUUUACAGUCAGAUACUGAUGACGACUCAAGUUCUCAAGCCUCUGAAAGUGAUACUAAAUCUAAGAAUUGCAAGAAACCACUGAGCUGCCCUGAGUGUGAGAAAACCUUUAGAUUGAAGGCACACCUGGUGAGUCACAUGAGAGCUCAUACAGGGGAAAAAAAAACGUGGAGCUGCUCAGUCUGUAAGAAAUCUUUUCCGGGACGUGCUCACUUAGAUAGACACAUGAGAGUCCACACUGUAGAGAAAUCUUACACAUGCAGUGUUUGUGAGGAAUCUUUUAGAGGGACUGCAAGUCUAGUGAGACACAUGAAAAUCCACGUAGGAGAGAAACUUUUCAGCUGUUCAAUCUGUACGAAAAAAUUUUCAGUGAAUGCAAAGUUACAGAAACACAUGAGAAUCCACUCGGGAAUUAAACCAUUCGGCUGCUCAUACUGUCCGAAAACUUUUGCUCGAAGUCUUUCUUUAAUAGAACACGUGAGAAACCACACAGAGAAACCUUUCACAUGCCCAGUGUGUAAGAUGUCUUUUACAGUGAGUAAAACACACUUGAAAAUCCACACCAAAGAGAAACCAUUCAGCUGCCCAGCUUGUGAGAAAAUUGUUACAGUGGUUGGAAAUUUAUAUGAACACAUGAGAAUCCAAACCGAAGAGAACGCUUCCAGACAAGACAAGGCUGGGGACUCCCCUGAACCUGAAACUGAAGACAUUGAUGAUGAGUGCGCUGGGCGUCUGUCCUCACAGAUUCAUGGAACUCAAGCUGAAAAGAACAGUGAGGUAGAGCCUCCAGUCAACAGCUCAGCUGAAGAGACGGAAACAUGCACUGAAGAAGAGUACCAUGAAGAAUUUGUACCUGACAGGAACUCAAAGCCAGAUAAACAUCCAGAAUCAGAUUCUGAUUUCAAGCCUGAAGACUGUUCCGAACCGGAGACUGAUGACAGUGAGGAUUAUUGGAGGGAGACCAGAAACUCUCGCACAGGCUUAAACCCUUCGAAAAAUGAUAAAGUCCCUGUCAGUGAUACGGAUGAGAAACCAUUUAUCUGCUGUGAGUGUGGAAAAAGUUAUAUCACCCUAGGGAAUCUGACCAGACACAUGAAUAUCCACAAAGGAGAAAAAAGAUUCAUCUGCAAUUAUUGUGACCAAAGAUUCUCUCGGUUACUCGACCUCAGGAGACAUCGAUGUGUUAAUCCGCCCGCACGGCGUCAUCAGACUGAAACUGGGGAAAAACAGAUGGAAAUAAAAAUAAUGGAAAUAAAAACUGAGAGAAGGGACUGGGUAGGACCAGAACCAGUCAGGACUUUAGACACAGAUAGACAUCCAGAACCAAUUACUACUAAUGACAAGUUAGGAGACUCUUGUGACCCUGAGACUCACAAGAGUGAAGACGGGGAUGAUGGUGAUCAGAAGGAGACAAGUAAAGCUCAGUCAGAUUUAAAUUCUCUGGAAAAAUCCCCGUAAGUGAUUCGAGAUGUAACACCUGCUGCUCUGAGGUUGGUUAAAAAAAGGUUAGAAUGGGCUCAAGAACACUCACUAAGGCGGGGAUGUCCAAUGUCUGGCCCAGGGGCCAAUCAUGGCCUGCAAGGCUGCUUUAUUUGUAUUACAAUAUUUGGGUGCUCAGCCACAGAAGGAACUUUGCAGGUGGGACCAAUGUGUUUUCAUAAAAAAAUGGUAAAGGAGCAAACAAACGGUUACCUGGCAACAGACAUUUCACUCUAGGUAGAAGUAUAAAGGUGACAGCGAUGGUUUUAGGUGCCUUGUAAAGUUGAAUCUUUUUCACUGAAGGACGAAACGGUGGCAUUUCUCAUUAGUAGGCUAUUUGAAUUUUUUUCCCAGUAACACAUUGGAAGCGACAAGCAGCUGGCCCCCAGGUGUUUGCACAUUAUCUGAUCUGGCCCCCGUUCCAAAGAGUUUGGACACCCCUGCACCAAGGAGAGAAACCAUACAGUUAAUCGAUUAGUGAGAAAGGUCAUAUAACUGUCCAGGGCUGGGCAAUUAAUUGAAAAUGAAUCGGAACAGACUUUAUGAACCUCUAACAGACCUUCAGAAUCUUGCCCAUGUCUGUAAUUUAGUUGUUUUUUUAUUUAUUUAUUUUUUAUAUUCUUGUGAUAGUUUUCCCACUGUGUGUGUUCAUGUCCUGUCCCAUUAAAAAUGUA